AUGGAUGAAAAUGAGAAAAAGGCUCGAGAAUAUUUAGCUGAUGCGGCCAAACAACCGAAAGGAGGUUUCUUUCACUCCCUUUUUUCUGGUCUUUCAUUUCUUUUGGGACUAAAUCUUUCUUCCAGGGGCUCCGAUAGGACAGAAGAAAGAGUUCAUCUUUAUGAGCGAGCUGCGAAUUGCUUUAAAAUGGCCCAUAAAUGGCAGGAUGCUGGUGAUGCUUUUAUGAAAGCUGCUGAAUUAAGCGCCAAUAGCAAAUCACAUUUGGAUGCUGCUACAAACUGUGUUGAUGCUUCCACAGCUUAUCGUAAAAUUGACCCUGAUCGAGCAAUCGCAUGUCUGACUCGUGCUGCAGAAAUUUAUAUUGAGAUGGGUCGAUUUACAAUAGCCGCUAAGCACCACAUGACUAUUGCUGAAAUCUAUGAGAAAGACUUGUCAAAUGAAGCUGAGGCAUGCAAACAUUAUGAACAAGCUGCUGACUUUUACAAAGGCGAAGAAUCAAAUAGCUCAGCACGAAAAUGCCUGCUCAAAGUUGCCGAGAUUUGCGCUACUUCGGAUCAGUUUGAAAAAGCUGCAAGGAUAUUCGAAGAUGCUGGCGUUAGUUCUAUGGAUAAUAAACUCUUGCGUUAUGGAGCGAAAGAAUAUCUGAUGAAGGCUGUUAUCUGUGAUAUGAAUUAUGAUCCAAUUAAGGGGCGCAAUCUUUUGGAGAAAUUCGCUCAAGAAUACCCCAUGUUUUCCGAUUCACGUGAGUGUGGACUUCUGAAGGAAAUUAGUAAAGCACUGAGUUCAGACAACCCUGAUGAUUUCACGGCUGCUGUGAAGGCGUAUGACAGCAUAACGCGAUUGGAGCCAUGGAUGACUACUAUGUUAUAUAAGCUUAAAAAGUCCCUCACCGACGAUGAAGACAUAAACUAG